AAAACAAUAGUUCCAGAAAGCUGAAACGGUCAGUCAAACGGCACAAAUCCCCUCUCUUGGAGCAGUCCGAUUUUAUCCGGACACGGCGAACGUAUAUCGGAUUGCAAAGACAGGAGCGCAUAUAUAUCGUGACUGGGCAGGCCUCGGCGACGAGGUUCUCGUGGAAGAAAAAGGGGAGCUUUAGGAUCUCGAAUGUUACAGAUCGCACCAGAUCCACCACAUGCGAUGUCGACGACGACGACGACGCAUCACCCUGCCAUUUGAUCCCAUCACCGGAGGGCAGGAGAAGCAAGGAAAAAAGAGAGAGAAAAGGUAAAGGCUGCUGCCGGUCCGCGGAGUGAAGUGGUGAUCCACCACACCCACAAACAAACAGAAGCAGGAAACCAGAAGCGACCCACCGGCCGGGCAGUUGAGCCCCCCCGCCGCCCCCUCGCCUCAUCAGCACCCACCUCGCGCCACUGAGGAGAGAUCUUGUUAGUUCUGGGCGACUCCCCAGGCAGCGGCGGCCAAGUCAAAUCCAAGUAAGAAUGGCGCCGGGGGAGAAGAAGGGGAGGAGGUGGCUGCCGGCGGCGUGCCUCCCGCGGCCCGGGUGCUUCACGGUGUCCGCCACGGAAGAGGGGCCCUCGGGCUCCGGCUCCGGCUCCGGCGCCGAUGAGGGGGGCAGCAGUCGGGCGCCCACGCAUCUGAUCGUGACCGUCAAUGGCAUCGUCGGCAGUGCAGAAAAUUGGGGUUACGCCGCGAAACAUUUCAUCAGAAAACACCCGGAGGAUGUGGUUGUUCAUUGCAGUGGAUGCAACUCAGCAACUCGAACUUUCGAUGGUGUUGAUGUGAUGGGAAGGAGAUUGGCGGAGGAGGUGAUUUCAGUUGUUCAGUGUAGACCGGAACUUCAGAAGAUCUCCUUUGUUGCACACUCAUUGGGUGGGUUGAUUGCAAGAUACGCCAUAGCACUACUAUAUGAGCCUGCUACACAAACAGAUUGUCAUGAGGAGUAUGAGAAGGAUGUCAAUGAUGCUCGGAGCAACCAACCGAUGGGUCAAGGCAAGAUUGCUGGUUUGGAGCCCAUGAACUUUAUAACUUUUGCAACACCACACCUUGGCACAAGAUCACAUAAACAGAUGCCCCUUCUCCGUGGUUCCUAUAGAUUGGAAAAGAUGGCUUUUGGUAUGUCCUGGCUUGCUGGGAGAAGUGGAAAACAUCUUUUUCUGAAGGAUGUUGAAGAUGAGAAGCCACCAUUACUUCUUCAGAUGGUUACUGAUUAUGGGGAUCUCCAUUUCAUAUCAGCUCUUCGUUCUUUCAAGCGCUGUGUUGCUUACUCAAAUGUUUGUGGUGAUUUUGUUGUUGGCUGGAAGACAUCUUCAAUACGCCGUCAACAUGAGCUUCCCAAGAAAGAAGAUUUUGUGGAUGAUGUAAGAUAUCCACAUGUUGUAUAUGUGGAAAAACCAAAGGCUCGGGAUGUUGAUUUUUCGGAUGAAAUGAUUUAUCAGGCAAAAACUACAAGUGAAAUGGAAGAGGUAAUGCUCAAAAGCCUGAAUAGAAUUCCUUGGGAAAGGGUAGAUGUUAGCUUCAAGAGAAGUAGACAAAGGAUUUUCGCUCAUAGCACCAUUCAGGUGAAGACGUAUUUCUUCAACUCUGAUGGGGCUGAUGUGAUCUUCCACAUGAUCGACCAUUUUCUCUACUAACAUGGAGCGAUAAUGUGGCGGUGCCAAUUUCUUUCUCUUCUUCUAUUUGGAUGCCAAUUUCAAUUGGGUAGGAAAAGGAUGGGGUAAAAAGUGUUGGAGAUAUACUACAGUGGAACAGGUAGAACCACCCCUGGUAAAGGAGUGCUGGGCCUGGGCCUAUGUAUGCUUCCUGUAAAGUCUGUCUGGGGCUCGUAGGUUCUUUUCUUUUCUCUCUUGCAUCCAUGCUUCAGUGUGCAUGCAUGCAUGUAAAUGUUUAAUGGACCACAGGCUGUUGAUUCAUCAGUGUAAUAAAAUAAGAUAAGAUCCGCUGUGUGUUGCGUCUCGA